AUGACGACAGAAAGGCAACUUGGAUGGCGAAUGCUGUUUCUGAUACUCACAGUGCUCCCCUGCUGCAGGAGUUUGGAGGUCACUAUCCCACAGAGUAAUUAUGAGGUUGCAAGAGGGGCUGCUAUUACCUUGACCUGCUCAUUCGUCCCAGCCGUAGACGACUUGACCACAUUGCUCCUCUCAUGGGAAGCUAACCCGGACGUUGCUGGUGAACCAAUGAAAGCCGUGGCCUCCUACUUCUAUAACCGUCCGGUUAACGUUGCACCUGAUUACGAAGGCAGAGCCUUCCUCGAGGUUGACAUGACAACGCGAACGAGCACACUCCGCCUAACAAAAGUGACCAUGCAGGACAAUCGCUCUUACCAAUGCAGUGUCAACAUCUUCAACGAUGACGAGGGAACACUAGCUGCUGUCACUUCCCUCUUGGUUCUGGUUGCUCCCUCUGCGCCGAUCUGCAUCAUCAAGGGAACAACAGAGUAUUUUCACAACAUCACACUCAGCUGCAAGUCUGAGGAGGGAUCUCCAACACCGACGUACGACUGGACGAGCUACAGCGUCACAAACAUGCCCAGGCAGUUACCACCUAAAGCAACUCAAAAGGAUGGAGUUUUAUCUCUCAUCAACAUUACACGAGAUACAUCUGGGUUCUUCAUUUGCAAAUCAGAAAAUCGAAUUGGUUUUGCCAGCUGCAACCUUACCUUGACUGUGGAGCCCCCCAGCAUGGGCACUGCGUCCACUGCAAUAAUUGUUGCCGUAGUCCUCGCAGGUGUCGUGGUUGUGGGAAUUCUCGUUUACUGUUUUUGCUGUCGAAAAAAAGGCAAGGAGGACCAGUAUGCUGAGGGUUCCCCUGGAGAAAUAGAGUUUCAUGACAAAGAAGGUGCCGAAGCUAGUACAAUGCAGUACAAGGAUGACAAGUCAACCAGCGAGAAGAAACAGGUCGACCGGUACGAAGACAAAGACGUCGUUCCUCAGACCACUCAAAGCCUCGGAGCACCUGCACCGAAGUUUGAUGAUGAUCAGAACAGUAAUGUUAGCGGUAAAGAAAGGUACGGUGGAAAGGGCAGUGAUAUCGAAUCUCAGCGUUACCAGAACGACCAGCACGAUCGUUUUUAA